GGCAGCAGAGCCACGCGAUGCAUCCCGUGUGUCCUUCUCUCAUGUCCAUGACAGUGCGGGGCUGCAUGGGAGCUGCGUGUGUUGAGUGUUGGUGAUGUGUGAGGAAACAGGCGUUGAGUGCAGAUAUAUACACCGCCAGGCCCACUUCAUUAUUUAUCUUUUCUGGAAUAAACACUGACCUUGUCAGGACCUCAUGGAGACCGAAGCCCAGCUGAAGUGAGGCAGAACCUCAUUUCUAAGUCUCUUGUUAAGCUAAAACCUCAUGUCAAACAUGCCCGAAGCUCCACAGAAGAUCCACAACAGAUCAGCUCAAGAUGCAGCAGCUUCACAGCCUCACACGCAUCCAGUGCGGACCCUGCAUUAGACGUGCAGACUAGAGACGCCAGGGAUCUAACUUAACUCCCAACCUUCUGCUCAGAAGAUGACACAAUCUACCCACUGAGCCGCUGGGAAAAAGAGAGUCUGUUGAACUCAACUUCUCCCCCGUGCGACCACUGCCCCCAUCCUGAGUCAGGAGGAACACCAUGGGAUCCCUCCCAGCUCACCUUCCCCAGCUCCUCCUCCUCCUCCUCGCCUCCCUGCUCCUCCUUUCCCACCCCUGCACUUCCUACAGGGUACAGCUUAUCGAGCGAGCCUCUGGCCUCGAGCAGCCGCAGCUCACGGGCAACUCCACAGAGCCCGUGAAGAAGAAAUGUGCGGGCAUCGUGGUGUGUAGGCCUGGUGUCCUGCUGCCAGUGUGGCUGCCGCUCAACCCUCCACUGGGGGAGCAGGUGGGGAGGGCCAUCAUCUACUUCGUGUGUCUCAUGUACAUAUUCCUCGGCGUGUCGAUCAUUUCAGACCGCUUCAUGGCAUCCAUAGAGGUCAUCACCUCACAGGAGAGGGAGGUCACCAUCACUAAACCCAACGGUGAAAAGACCGUAAGGUCAGUGAGAAUCUGGAAUGAGACGGUGUCCAACCUCACCCUCAUGGCCCUGGGCUCCUCCGCACCUGAGAUCCUGCUCUCUGUUAUUGAGGUGUGUGGGCACAACUUCAGCGCAGGUGAGAUCGGCCCGAGCACCAUCGUGGGCAGUGCCGCCUUCAACAUGUUUGUGAUCAUCGGUUAUUGUGUGUCGGUGAUCCCUGAUGGAGAGGUCCGCAAAAUCAAACACUUGCGUGUGUUUUUCAUCACGUCCUUCUGGAGUAUUUUCGCCUACAUCUGGCUCUACCUCAUACUGGCCGUCAUCUCACCUGGGGUUGUACAGGUGUGGGAGGCCAUAGUGACGCUGCUUUUCUUUCCGGUGUGUGUGCUGUUGGCCUGGAUUGCGGACCGGCGCCUUCUCUUCUACAAAUACAUGCACAAGCGUUACCGAGCGGACAAGCGACAUGGCAUCGUGGUGGAGAUGGAAGGUGACCUCGAGCCCAAAGGCAUUGACAUGAUCAUGGAUGGAAAGCCUGGAAACUCGUCCUGUGCGACGGUCUCUGUGCAGACGGGCAAUGACCUGGGCCAGAACAAAGAUGAGGUGGUUCGCAUCCUCAAAGACCUCAAAGAGAAACAUCCAGACAAAGACUUGGACCAGCUGAUUGAAAUGGCCAACUACUCCGCUCUGGUCCAUAAGAAGAAGAGCCGCGCCUUCUACCGUGUCCAGGUGACGCGCAUGAUGAUUGGCGCAGGUAACAUAUUGAGGAAACAUGCUGCCGAGCAUGCACGCCGCACAGGGGCCCAGCACACCGACAAAGCCACAUGCUCGCAAAUUUGCUUUGAAAAUGCCCAGUACCAGUGCACCGAGAACUGUGGCUCCCUGAGCCUCAGUGUGGUCCUUGAUGGGGGCACGGGUCAGAACACUUUCUAUGUGGACUACUGCACAGAGAAUGGGUCCGCCAAUGCUGGGGCAGACUAUGAAUUCACUGAGGGAACUCUGGUGUUUAAGCCAGGGGAGACCCGCAAGGAGAUCAAGGUUACCAUCUUGGACGACGACAUCUUUGAAGAGGACGAGCAUUUCUUUGUGCGUCUUCGGAAGCUGAGAACAGAAGAGGGUGGAAGUGAAGGCACGGGAAAUCCGCCCGUGGGCAGACUCGUGGUGCCGAUGACUGCCACCAUCACCAUCUUGGACGAUGACCACGCCGGUAUCUUUACCUUUGGUCAGCAGGUGCUGCGAGUGAGCGAGAGCUCGGGCUUGCUGACAGUGACGGUGGUGAGGAACUCGGGCUCCAGAGGUACUGUUGCUGUGCCGUACUGCACGCAGGACGGCAGUGCCAAGGCCGGGGUGGACUAUGAGGAGAAGAGAGGGGAGCUGGAAUUCAUUAAUGAACAGACCAGUCAGACCUUACAGGUGCGCAUCAUAAAUGUGACGGAAUAUGAGAAGCAGGAAAACUUCUUUAUUGUGCUCGAGGACCCAAAAUGGCUAAAGCGAGGGAUCUCUGCAUUGCUGCUAAACCAAGGAAACCCCAGCCCCGAGGAGGAAGAGGCCAGGAGGAUCUCUGAGAUGGGCAAACCCAUUCUGGGAGAGCACAGCAGGCUAGAGGUCAUCAUAAAGGAGUCCUGUGAGUUCAAGACUCCCAAUGGAGUACUAGACCAGGAAACUGUGGACAAACUGAUAAAGGACACCGACAUGGCUGGAGUGAUUGGGACUCGUUCAUGGAAAGAGCAGUUAAUUGAAGCAGUCACAGUCAGUGCAGGUGAUGGGGAUGAAGAGGAGGGACAAGAGCAGCGAAUGCCGAACUGCUGUGACUAUUUCAUGCACAUAGUGUGCAUUUUUUGGAAGAUUUUGUUUGCUCUUGUUCCGCCCACCGGGUACUGGAAUGGUUGGGCGUGCUUCAUUGUGUCCAUCUCUGUCAUCGGCUUCCUCACUGCCAUUAUCGGAGACCUCGCCUCCCAUUUUGGCUGCACUGUAGGGCUGCGAGAUGCUGUCACUGCAGUUGUCUUUGUGGCACUGGGAACUUCACUCCCUGAUACCUUUGCCAGUAAAGUGGCUGCCAUUCAAGAUCAGUAUGCAGAUGCAUCUGUGGGGAAUGUGACAGGAAGUAAUGCAGUUAAUGUGUUUCUGGGCAUUGGAGUGGCCUGGUCCGUGGCUGCUGUAUAUUGGGAAGUCAAAGGUGAGGUCUUCCACGUGGAACCUGGCUCGCUGGCCUUCUCCGUCACACUCUUCACCAUUUUUGCCUUUUUCACUGUGGGAGUGCUGAUGGUACGCCGGAGGCCGUCUGUAGGUGGUGAACUGGGAGGCCCAAAAGUUCCCAAAGUCGUCACUUCACUGCUUUUAUUUGGACUUUGGUUUCUCUAUAUCCUUUUCUCCAGCUUGGAGGUCUACUGCCAUAUACCAGGCUUCUAAGAUUGGACACUCAUUCACACACACACACAAACACACUACUCAGACACCGAUCUGGUCAGUUAACAACCAUUGAAAAGACCUGUCACCACUUGAUAACUGCUGCCAUGGUUCAUGAAGAACAUUUGCAUACUACACAUGCAGAUCUGUGCGUUUCCUCAACCCCAGGAAACCUCCAAUUGUCAGUGAAUGUGACUAAACUGAUGACUUUUAUGAAAUAACACGGAACGGACAUUUUUGAUUAGGGGAGCAAACAGUCAGCAUAUCUGUGAAGACACUGGACUUUGCUUCAUCAUGACUCUAACCUGGACUCAUGCUUUUAUAGGCUGGAUGUAUACAUUAGAUGCUGUAACCCAGUAUUUGAGUUAGAAACAUAAUGACAGAGAGGAGCAAUGUUUUACAUGACUCUGCUUUGCAUUAUAGCAGUGGAGCCUACUUUUAUCUUUACACCUUAUAAGCAUAUCAUCAAGUUUAUACCAUGGCCACUUGUCAUAGGCAAAAAAGGACCUGCAUUCAAAGUGCAGCAGUAAACAUGGAUCUGAGCACGAUUAAUCCACAUUUGACUAUUUACAGAUGAUUGGUAACAUAGCUCUCCGGCUUUUGUCUCCCUGACUCUCGAUAGGUAGUGUCCUCGGGGCUGUAGGUGAUACGCGGGUUACAGUUCAUACACAGACAUAAUUAAUACCGACACUUGCAGGACGGUUCCAACGUUCUACUUUUUAUUCACACAUGUACAUCGCACAGCACUGACAACACAGGCAGGUAGGAACCAAAAACAUGAGGGGUGUAAAUAAAAAAAUUCACAUUAAAAUAAUCACCCAUAUACACAUAUGUAUGUUCUAUAUAAUAUGCAAUGAACAGAACUAUUAUAUUUAAUAGCCUAUAAGAAGUGAAUUUGUAAUUAUGUGCAACUGAAAAAAAGGGCAUCAUGAAUUAAUAUAAAUACAAAACGAUAUGCACUCAACUAUUUAGAUUUAGAACUGUUGGACUUAUAAAUGGAACCCUGCCAGCCAAUCAGAAACAGGAAAGCGUUGGUGGCCAUGGUAUAAAAAAACCACAAGCACAAUUUGGUUACAAAUGCAAACGGAUACAAAUUUGUUGUAUUGCACCGCACCUACUGAGGUUGAUCCCACUCUGAAUAUUGACAGUAUAAUUGUAAUGAUGAUGCACACUACACAGACCCAAUAUUGAAAUGUAUAAUGGAUUAAAAAAUAAUGACAGAAUUAAUUUAUAAUAAGCUGUGUAAUUUAUAUAUAAAAAAGGAGAAAUAGGUACCUAAUGUCUGCCAUUUAGUUUGACUGUUUGAAAGUGAUGAUUCAUACACCACAGAAGUCCUAAGUGUUUAUUUAUCAAUGAUGUAUUUCAAUGUCUUUAUAAUUGAAUGUAUUUUGAGCUCAUAUAAUGAUAAAUAUAUGACUAUAAUUUAUUGUAAAUUGUCACAUACAUUUUGACUGUGUGUGUCUGCAUUGGCUCCAUCAUCCACACUUAAUUACUGCAUUAUUUCCCCCUGAGUGCAGAGGAGGACGUGGAUUUUGUGUAGGAUUACGGCAUUUCAUUGGGACCAUGAAGUAAAUAUGCACAAUCGUAGGGUUUUCAACCUUGUGACACAUAUUUGACAGAAUACAUUUAGUAACCGAAGGAUAGUUUAGGCAUUUUGGAAGAUUUUAUGUUUUAAUAAUGUUCAUAUUAAAAUACCACAUGAUAUUAGCCCCAAACAUGAUAUAUGUCAGACAAUCCAAGUCCAAGUGAAGGGGGUCCAUGACAACACAAUAACACCUUCCAUGCUCUGUAAGAUAUAAAUGUGAUUUGUAAACAGUACCUGAGAUUCCAUUACAAGUCUUUUAAGCAGGAAAAGAUAACGAUGAUAUCUAGUGCUAAGCUAUGAAUGAAAAGCUCUACAACCUGGGAAUGUCCUUGAAUUUGUGAUUAACACACUGAUGAAAGCUGGCUCCAUGCUGUAGAUCCAACUUGUCUGAGACCAGUUUUCAGAUUUUUACUCAGUUAUAGUCACACAGUUUUAAAGGACAAUCAUUUCAGAGGGGAUAUUGGUCUGUAAUUUGAAAAAUUAGACUACAUGCUUAUGGUGCAAAUAAAGGGGCACAUUUAUUUUUAUGUACAUGUAAACUCAUGAUGCAGUGACUCUGCUCUGGGAAUAAUAUAGUAUAAAAGACACUGAUGCACCAAAGGACAAAAAGGCACUUAUUUCAGCAUUCCAGGAAAUACCAAACCAGGAUGUGGAAACUACUUUGAUGAAGAUGUUUUUUUGGCAACAUGCAGUUACCCAAAUGUGGGACUGAUGUCUCCUGGGGUAUGUGAUCAGGUAAAGGUAAAUUAUGUUUUUUUUCUGUCUUAAUGUAGCUUUCAAUUUAUUCUUAAAACUGUUAAGUAAUAAAUAAAAAAAACACCCAUGGGCAUAAUGUAUAAAACCAAUGGCGUUAUGAUCUUUUAAUCUGUGUUUCAAAAUAAAGUUGUUUUUUAACUG